AUGCCUACCGUCAAUCAACAACACCCGUCCCCUGUUGGUGGAAGUAAAGAUGACCUCGACAAAUCCACCGACUUAGGCGCCACCAUCGAUGUGCAAGCCGUCGACUUCGACCCAGAGGCUCUAACCGCACAGAAGCAAACCAAACGUCACCUGAAGCCCCGACAUGUCCAGAUGACGGGCAUCUCUGGCGCUAUCGGUACAGGCCUCUUCAUCGGCGUCGGCACUUCUCUGUCCAAAGCUGGUCCUCUUGGCCUGUUCCUGGCUUACACCAGCAAUGCUCUCUUGGUCUUCUCUACCUACAACGCCAUGGGUGAGAUGGUCUGCUGGCUUCCCGUUGACGGCAGUAUCGUCGUCUUUGCGCACAAGUACCUGGACGACGCUUGGGGGUUUUCCCUGGGCUGGCUAUACUUUAUCGUCAACGCCUUGGCUGUUGCCAGUGAGGUAUCUGCUGUCGCCGCCAUCAUUAAUUACUGGACGGACGCGGUCAACAAUGCUGUAUAUGUCGCUGCUGUCUGUGCUUCUCUUGUCGGACUGAACAUCUUUGGAGUACAUAUUUUCGGAGAGGGCAAGUUUUAUUUCUCCCUGUUCAAAGUCUUCCUCAUCAUGGGCCUUCUUGUCAUGACCUUCAUCACCAUGGUCGGAGGGAAUCCUGAACAAGAUGCCUAUGGUUUCCGAUACUGGAAAGACCCAGGGCCUUUCGUCGAGUACCUCGCACGUUUCUUGGCUUCUGGUGCGUUUUUGUACAAGCAGCAUACGCCUAUGUACGGGGGCCCUGACUUUGUUGCCUUGGCGGCCGGCGAGACCCGUAACCCCAGACGAGUUCUGCCUUCCGUAUUCAGAAGGGUCAUCUACCGACUCAUGGUGUUCUACCUCUUCGGUGUUCUGGCUGUGGGCGUCCUUUGUCCUUCCGAUGAUCCCGACCUCAUCAGUGGCGGAGCUGGUGCCGCCGCCUCCCCAUUCGUCAUUGGCGUAAAGCGCCUCAACAUCCCCUUGCCCGACCUCAUAAACGCCCUCCUCAUGAGCUCCGCCUGGUCUUGCGGCCUGGAGUUAUUCUACGGAUCCUCCCAAGCUCUUUACUCUCUGGCUGUUGACCACAAGACCCCAGCUCUCUUCCGCUUCACCUGGCGAGGUGUCCCCACCUUCUGCGUCCUCGCGGUCUCUGCCGUCUCCCUGUUGGCGUUCAUGUCUGCCUCCAACAGUUCGGUGGAGGUGUUCACCUGGCUCACCAACAUUGUUGGAUCGGGUAUCUUACUGCAGUAUAUCAUCCAUCACAUCAUCUACAUCCGCUUCCGCUGA